CCCCCUUUUGUCUUAUUCUGAGGGAACCGCCCUUUUUAAAUCUCCACGCACGAGAAACCGAAGGGCGUCACUGGAAAAAUGUCUGCGAAAGGGGGCGUUGGCGGAAGUGUUGGCGGAGCUAGUGGCGGAGGACAGGAGGAGGAUCGGAAGCCAGCCGAUCAAUCUGCCCACAUUAACCUCAAAGUCAAGGGCCAGGAUGGCAAUGAAGUGUUUUUCAGGAUUAAGAGAAGCACUCAGCUGAGGAAACUGAUGAAUGCAUAUUGCGAUAGGCAGUCGGUGGAUAUGAGCUCAAUUGCUUUCUUGUUUGAUGGGCGGAGGCUCCGAGGAGAGCAGACUCCCGAUGAGCUCGAGAUGGAGGAUGGAGAUGAAAUUGAUGCAAUGCUGCACCAGACCGGAGGUGGGUGUGGAAGUCCAUAGCUGCUAAUUGGACUACAUUAGAAAUACACAGAAAAAGCUAGGGGAGACAGGCUUGGAGCAAAGUAGUGGUAUCAUAUUUUAUUACAUUUAUGUAAAUGAAAGAUCUAGAAAACUUCUGGAACAGUGGUUUUCUGCUAGUAGUAAAUUUCUCAUGCAUGGAUAUUUAUUUGAUGGUUUGGCCUGUUGAUUUAAUAAUACAUGAAGAACUGCAAAUUUUGCUUCGGCUUUAGUGGCCAGUUGAUGUUUUGUUAAGCACAUCCUGAUUUCCUUAAGAAUGCAAUUUGGGUUUGCAAGGCCAAGGGUUAUUGAGUCACC